UCGAGGCGUGUGAACGUGAUUUUUGGCUUUUCGCUGGUCCUCCUCGAUUUCCCCGGUUUCGGCGCAGUGGGAAAAGCCCCGGGCCCAGAGAAAAACAGAAGCGGGACCCCAGAGGUCGCGGAAACUGCAUACGAUUUGCAGUUGUGUGGAAAUAUGGACUUCACCACUAAUUUUCAUUGCCCUGCGAGUGUGUGUGAGCGUGCGAGUGUGAAAUCUGCGUGAAACAUUGCCAAAUCCUUUGACAGAUUUCUAUUUGCACCUAUUUUGCAUUCGGCUUUCGGCAUUUGGCAUUUGCCAUCGACGCGAGUGUCAAUCGAGUGAAAGUAAACAAUGGUGGGCAUGGGCACCCAAAUGGACAGCCGAUCGCGGAUCACUAGACCAACAGCGGUAAGUGGGGUUUGCCCAUGGCGAUUGCCUUGCAUAACAAAGUGUCAAAAAGUUAACAAUUGCAGCAGCAACAUACAUAUAUAUGUAGCGGCUAUAGAGAGCGAUGUACUGUGGUGUCUGCUGGUCAUCUUGGCCGUGGCUCUACCACUAGCCUCCGCCGGCUUUGGUUUUGACUCGGCCAAUUCGUGCAGUCCCAAUGGAAAGAUGUCGCGUCGUGGUCGGGCACAGAUGCUGGCGGCGAUUCCCUGUGACCUAGGUCAGCAGGCCUUCUGCCAUUUGCCCGGAUCCGCAUAUCCGUGGCACGCUGUCCGGCGAUUCGUGCACGAGAACCAGGGCCUGAUGAAGCGCAUGUACGGCGAUGUGCGGCACAUUUCCAUUCUUCGAGAUGAGAUCCAGAACAACGAGGUGGAUGCGGACGACAUGGAGGAGGCGGCGGAGCGGUACAGCAAGGACGGGGGACGACGGAGUGCCAAGUAUUUGAUGAAUGGGAGGGAUCGUGAUCGCGACAAUUUCGGGAGCUAUAAGAGCAACGACGUUCUUAUGGAACCUCAUUUUCGGCCCGUUUCCACUAGUACUACGAGUACAACUAGAGGAACGACUACCACUGCGGCUCCGGAAAUAAUUAGCAGCACUACGGAUAAGGUUCCCAGUGAAGUUACCAGCACAACGCCUGGAAAUUCCACAAGUGCGAAAAGUACCACUACGCCUCUUCCAUCAUCUCCCGAACAGCCGGAGGUACAGGCGGAAAUUGUGGAAAUCCAACCCAGUCCAGAGUCAAACAGCGUCUACGAAGUGGUGCCCUCUUCAGCUCCGUCAACCACGUCCACUGCAAAACCUUCACCAGCUGGGGGCGAAAAUAUACAGAUCAUCGACUCACCGCAGCUGGGAUUGCAUAAUCUCACCGGAGAGGCCAAUCCCACCCAAGAAACCCCUACUGCCACAACUCUAAAGCCCACAUCGCUGUCCAAGAGUUCAUCAGCACCACCCAUCAGAAGGAGGAAGCCUGCGGAAACCACCACCACAGUAGCCACCCAAACUUCCAGCUCCGUGUCGCCCCCAACCACAACGACAGCCACCUUGCUGACCCGUCGCAAUGUGACCAAGUACUCACCCGCGUCCGUGACCACGCCCGUCAGCUUCGCCUCGCUCUUCUCCGGCACCUCCAGCGGGCUUUUUAGUCCGGAGAAGCUGCGCAGACCUCUGACCACCAGUAGUACAAGUGCUCCUGUUCCUGUCCCAGUUCCAGCGGCAGGAGGUCCACCAGCAGGAGCGACUGGAAGCGCUACCAAGUCGGGACUUCUGAGGGAGGGUCAGCUCUUCCAGGAUGCCAUGAAGCAGGAGCCAGUGACAGUAGCCAGCAACUUACGCGGAGUAAAUGCCUGUCCCGUCAAGGAUGAAGUGGUUGCUCCCUUCUGGGCAAACAACACCCGAGGCGAAGUGUUGGCCUUGCUCAACCUGUAUCCCUUCGAGCAGUACGUCCACUGGGAGAAGUGCACCCACGAGUUCAAGCAAAUGUUUUGCCGAGAUGGAUGCAGGUGUGAGCAGCAGUACCGUCUGCACAGAUUGUUGGCCUACGAUCCGCACAACGAGUGCCGAGGUAUCUUCUCCGACUGGUUCCGGUUCCCGUCCAGCUGCAUCUGCAAAUGCUACAACAUCCCGAUGGAGUUCCGGGCCACCUCACGCAGUCCGAGGUCCGACAGCCGAUUCGAUGCUCCGAAAUCCGAUCCCAUUGAGGCUGCGGAGGCGGAGGUCCAGAGAGCCAUCUACGAACAUGCCACGGACGAGUGGUACCGCCCACGCGAUGAGUUCGACUUCUUGGAGGGGUAAUCCUUCCACGUAUCUUCGGGAUUAAUUGUACAGUAGUUUUAGAUUCUAUAGAAAUAAGAUACAAUUCCCUUUUCAAUCAGACACUUCUUCUUUAUAGUCCAUUACUACAGCUUUCUAUAUCCUCUAAUCUAUACCCUUAAGCUUACUUUUAAAAGCGGCAUUAUGUAACUGUAAAUAUAGACCAACAUAAUGCCCGGUUUAGGAAAAACUUACAGAGCGAAUGUACCUUGAAAUACUUGCGAACGAAUCGCAGCCAUUGAGCUGCGCCCGAUGGUAUUUACUAGUGUUAUUUAUUUAUUUAUUCCCAUAGUAGCCCUAAGCAUUACCAUAAAAGUGGCCAUAACAUUAACCCCAAAUAUUUUAAAAUACCCCAGAUAAGUGUUGGGUAAAUACUGCUCAUUUGGAUUUUCUCACUUGCUCUUUUUGUUCACCUGCUAAAUUUUGCUCACUUGAUCCUUUUUGCCAACAGAAAUGCCUCACUCAUGAGCAACCCAACACCAACCCAGAUUAAAGUGAAGGCGUUUUGGA